AUGGACAGAGAACAAGAGGAAAUCCAGUUCCUAGGAUUGCCAGGCAUCCUCAAGGAAUCAUGUGAUCUGGUGGUAUCAUCGCCAUGGCGAAAGAUUUUUGCCCAGAUAACUCUGCUUCUCAUCCUUCCCCUCUCCUCGGUCUACUUGUCCCACAUCGAGAUAACAGAGAUCCUUUUCCGCAGAAUCAUGCACAACGAGUACAUGCUGGAGUGGACUCCCGAGGGCACCCGCAUCCACCAGCGCAUCGCCCACAUGCUCCGCUCCGAGCUGACCGCUUUCUUCCUCUUCAAGAUCGCGUACAUCCUCUUCUUCAUACUCCUCGCCCUCCUCUCCACGGCCGCCGUCGUCUACACCAUCGCCUGCAUCUACACCGCCAAGGAGAUCACGCUAGCACGAGUCGCCAGCGUGGUCCCCAAGGUCUGGAAGAGGCUCGCCCUCACUUUCCUCUGCAGCUUCGCCUUAGUUUUCGCCUACAACGUCCUGUCCCUGCUGCUGUUGGUCUUGGGCGCUGUCACUCUCGGGAGCGUGCGGGUUCUCGGGGUCGCUUGCCUGGUGUUGUUCUCGGUGGCCUACCUGGCGGGGCUUCUCUACAUCACCGUCAUCUGGCAUCUGGCGAGCGUCGUGUCUGUGCUGGAACAGAGUUACGGGUUCGGGGCGAUGAGGAAGACCCGGGGUCUGAUCAGGGGCAAGAUGGGGAUUUCGGCUGCGGUGUUCUUGGUCUUGGCUCUGCUCUUCCUGGGAGUUGAGCAUAUGUUUAAGAUAUUGGUGGUUUUCGGGGAGGGGAAGGGGUUGGGGGAGAGGAUCGGGUACGGGAUACUUUGUGUGCUUCUGCUGUCUAUUACCAUGCUCUUCGGCCUCGUCGCGCAGACCAUCGUCUACUUUGUGUGCAAGUCGUAUCACCACGAGAAUAUCGAUAAGUCGUCCUUGGCGGAUCAUCUUGGUGCCUACCUUGGAGAGUAUGUGCCGCUCAAGUCUAAGGAUCUGCAGUUACAACAGUUUGAGGUUUAA